GAGUAGCGCAGGGUAGCGAAUGCCGGAAGUGACGUUUACCUGGCGGAUGUGUCGUUUACAGUAGUUUCCCGCGGUUUGGAAGAAUCAGCGAAUCAAUUGCCACUAGCAAAGAAAUCACCAAACUAGCAGAGACCGACAGACAGGUGAUGGGUCUUGGGCCAAAUAGGGAUUUAAAACAAUAAUAACGACAAGAUCCGCUGCUUUACAUGAAUUCAGAACAGUGACGUUUAAGUGUUUACACACCGGGUAGAGAGAUAUUUAGUGCCAAACUCGAUAUGCCUCCUAAAAAACGUUGCAACGGCAUCCAGCUUAAUAAGGAAAUAAAGCAAACCAACAACAGAAGGGUGUCUCCAGUCAAGCAGGAGAAUCUGGAGUUCAGCGAAGAUAGACACAAAAACAAGGAUGCAGACUUUGUAACUCUGUGCAAGAAACUGAAGGUGACGGAUUUAGUGUGUGAUCGUGCCUGGUCAGUAUGGGAGAUGAUGCUGGCAUCGAUGGAUGACGUGCAGGAGACCAGCAAGCAGUACUGGGCAGCAUGUCUGUUUAUUGCUGCCACGGAUUUGGGGAUGCAGACCUUCACCAUCACGGAUGUCCUAAAGGCUGCUGAUCUCAGGCAGAAGCAGUUGUUUGACCUGUUAAAGCUGAUGGAUGUGAACAUGGACACCAUCAGCACCAAAGUCAAUACAGCCAUGAGUAGAUUGGAGAAGAAAUAUGACGUGUUGCAGGCGCUCUUCCAGAGGUUUGAGAGGACAUGUGAUAAGAUCUUCACUGACAUCUCCAAGGAAAAGGAUGGAGUUGAAAUCAAGGAGAUUGUGCGGAGCUGCUGGGUGCUGUUUCUGCUGGCUGUAGGAUCAGUGCUACAGAUGGAGGAUGACCUGGUCAUCUCCUUCCAGCUGCUUCUCUGUGUGCUGGCCUUCUACAUUAAACGCUGUCCUGCGGCAAUUCUUCAGCAACCCUACAAAAAUGCCAGUGGUGGGGCCGCCCAGAGCCCCCCAACUCGAACGUCGCGACGUAAUCAGGGUAGAGCCAAACCCCGACCUCCAGAUGUCGAUAACAUCCUGAUCGAGGUCCUUUGUAAAGAGAACGCCUGCAGCGGCGAUGAGGUGAAGGAUGUCAAUCUGAACAGCUUCACUGCCUUUCUUGAUUCUAUGGGACUCUCUGCUUCCAAAGAUCUUCCAAAGGAGCAUGAGCUUAGCAAGCAGUAUGAAGAACUCUACCUCAAAAAUAAGGACUUUGACGCCCGUCUCUUCUUGGACAAUGAUGAAACGCUUCAGAUGGUUAAGACAGAAGUAGCCCAGUUGGAAAAAACACCCAAAAAGAGCUCACCGGGGGAGCAGCCUGCUCUUAUUCCACCUCAGACCCCUGUCCGAGCCGCCAUGACCUCCAUCCAGCAGCUGAAGGUCAUUCUCUCCUCUGCCAGCAGCCAGCCCUCGGAUGUAUUGGAAUUGUUUUUUAAAAACUGCACAGUGAACCCGUCAGAGGAGAUCACCAAUCGAGUGAAGCAUCUGGGCCAGCUCUUCAGCCAGAAGUUUGCUCAGUCCAUGGGUCAGCGGUGCAUGGAAAUCGGAUCACAGAGAUUUACCCUUGGUGUCCGGCUGUAUUACAGAGUGAUGGAAUCAAUGCUAAAGUCGGAGGAAAAAAGGUUGUCUGUGCAGAAUUUCAGUAUACUUUUGAACAACUCUGCCUUUCACAUUUCACUCCUCGCUUGUGCCCUGGAGGUUGUCAUGGCAACAUAUGGUGGGAGCACCUUUAAGAACGGAUCUGCAUGCAGCGACGGAGACGGCGGCGGCACAGAAAGCGACCUCUCCUUCCCCUGGAUUCUGGAUGUUUUCCAGCUGUCUGCUUUUGAUUUCUACAAGGUGAUAGAAAGUUUUAUCAAGGCAGAGCCCAGUCUGAGCAGAGACAUGAUCAAGCAUUUGGAGCGAUGUGAGCAUUUGGUGAUGGAGAGGAUUGCAUGGAGAUCGGACUCUCCUCUGUUUGAACUCCUCCGUCGGUCACAAGAAGAGUGUUUGGUGGAGCAGGCCGAGCCAUCAGCCACGCUCAACCAGCCUCUGCAGCACAACCACACGGCUGCAGAUCUGUACUUGUCCCCAGUGAGGCCUAGCAGCCGCAUUGGGCCCCCAGAUUUCCACGCCAGUCCGUCUCUGCCAGCAUCCUGUCCGUCCGCCAGCCAGUCCAAGUCCAUCUCUCUUUCACUCUUCUACAGAAAAGUUUACCGCUUGGCGUACCUGAGACUGAAUACGCUCUGCUCGCGGUUGCUGAAGGACCAGGCUGACCUGGAGCCUGUCAUGUGGACACUGCUGCAGCAUACUCUUCAGUACGAGUAUGAGCUGAUGAAAGACAGACAUCUAGACCAGUUGAUGAUGUCGGCUAUGUAUGCCAUCUGCAAGGUCAAAAACAUUGAUUUGCGCUUUAAGACUAUUGUCACUGCAUACAAGAGCCUACCCAACACUAGCCAGGAGACGUUCAAGCGAGUGUUGAUUCGGGAAGGACAGUAUGACUCCAUAAUCGUCUUCUACAACUUGGUGUUCAUGCAGAAGCUGAAGACUAACAUUUUACAGUAUGCUUCUCCGCGGCCGCCCACCCUGUCUCCGAUCCCCCAAAUCCCCUGCAGCCCGUAUAAGUACCCGAACUCACCGCUGCGGGUCCCCGGCAGCAACAACGUCUACAUCUCUCCUCUGAAGAACAGGAUGUCUCCCAGCGUCAUGACUCCACGCAGCAAAAUCUUGGUAUCUAUCGGGGAAUCGUUUGGGACCUCAGAUAAGUUCCAGAAGAUUAACCAAAUGGUCAGCAGUAGUGACUGGUCUUUGAAGAGGAGUUUUGAGGAUGGUUCUGCACCCAAACAUCUCAAGAGGCUAAAAUUCGACACCGAUGGCCUGGAUGAGGCGGAUGGGAGCAAAUCUAGUGGAGAGUCCAAGCUGAUACAGAAGCUGGCAGAAAUGAAUUCCACUCGAACGCGGAUGCAGGAGCAGAAGCUGAGAGAGAGUGCACAGGCAGUCAAGAAGGAGGAAGCGUGAAUGUCGUUUGGGAACCAUGCUGUUUCUGUGGAAACAGGCAAUCUUUUUACAAUUUGUAAGUUUUUUUUUUUUUUUUUUUUUUUUUUUUUUUUUUUACUUGUUUGCUUUUUACAAAUAGAAUACCCUUUAUAAGAGGUGACUUAUUCAUCUUUCUGAAUUCUGAGAUAAAUUUGGUUUACUUUGUUUUUUCAGGCUUACUGAAUAGCAUUAAACUACAAUACAAAGCUUUAAAGAGAAAAAAACAGGAACGUUUUGCAAUGUAUCAAGCAAUAAAAAGCAUCAUAGCCAAGUAAAAAUGUUUAAAGGCCAUUACCGAAAUUUUCAUAGAAAAUUCUGUGAAUUACAUUUGUAACUUUUACUGCAUUUUAAAAGACAUUCAGGCCUGUGUGAAGGUGGGGGUCCCAGUGCCCCUCUAGCACCUUUUAUUGUUGAUUCUAUGAUUUUAAUACAAGGCACUUUAUACGGCAGUGCUAGAGAUCCGAAUGCAGCCCCAGGGCCAUGACGACGCCCCCCCCCACCAUGCAUUCAAUCAUUCAUUCAGUCUUUACUUUGUUUGUGAUUGUGUGCCCCCCCCCAGUGUUAAUAAUUAGUAAGGUUCCACAAAGGACACUGAAUGCUCAUUAUUAAAACCUUAGAUGUUUAUGUGAAGAGAAGUGGUCUCCUCUUGUGUGUGUGCGCUUAAUGACCGCUCUGGGAGGUAAAAUAAAAAAAUUAAUAAUUUGUC